ACCAAUUAAGGGAGCAACGCCAUACUCGAUAGGCGCUAACGCUCACCGACUCCACACACCGCUGCUCCACAUAGUCGCGUGCUCUAGGGUACAACUUGUGCAGCUCAGAUGUGCUCUAGGGGCGGCGGUUCCUUGCCAAGUUUGGCCGGCUGAACCUGCACGGCUGUCAAACACAAUUUAUUAAAUGCCACCGCGAAAUGCCGGGCUGCGGGGCGCGCAGCCACAGCCUGUGACGGAUGAUUCGUCGGUUAGGGAGAUGCUGCUAAAGCUGUCGACAUCAAAUCCCAACAAACGAAUUAGUGCCACCGUGCUGGACCAGGCUGCUGAAGCCGCGAAGGCAGUUGCCAGGCGCCGACUCACAUUGCAUCACCAGACUGUCGAGGCGCUGGUCUCUGCACACCUGUGGACCGUGUAUGCGGUGACAGAGCGCAACAUCGCAUGGAGGUCGGACCUGGCAUCUUUGAGCGCAUCGACGGUAACGCUCUUCCGUGCGCUUCCCUGCAAAGGGUCGCCCUUCGCUUCCCGCGUGGCCCGUGCGCUCUUGGACGCGGGCCUGUUGGACUGCUACGCCCGGAUGCUUGCCUGGGUACGCGCCCGCGGCGUGCCCCCGGCCGCUGCAGCGUCAGGGUCUGCGGUGCCGGCAGCGACGCCUGCAGCAGCUGAGUAUGAGGAGGAGGAGCUCGAAAUGUACUACAGCCUUCUGUUGCAGGCGAGUUCAAUGCUGCAGACGCUGUCGCACUGGACCACGCCCUCCCACGCCGAUGCACACGCGCAUUUGUGCGCGGCACUGGAGCGCAGUCAGGUGCUGGAGCACGCGGCGGCGGCCCUCGUCACGCUCGCCGCCGCGUGCGCCCCUGCGUCGCCCUCGCCACUGCCGCCGCCGGCCGGUGCUGCAGGCGGCUCGGCGGCGCCUGCACGCGGCGCGCGCGGCGGCGGCGGCGGCGGUGCCGACCCCAGCGCGCCGCGGGGCCCAGCGCACCACAAGGGCUGGCCGGUGGUCAGUGAUGCGCUAGUAUGGCUGCUGGACGCAGCUACGGUCCUUUCGAGCAACUGUGGGCUCGACGACGAGCCAAGUAUGCCGCUUCAGCCGCACCCGGGGUUUGUGAGUGCUCUCAAGCCGCCGGAUGGGUCGCUGCAGGCGGCGGCACGCGUGCGGCGGCUGCUCAGCGGCCGUGGGAUCCAGUUCUGCUGCGCUUGGGGACUGGAGGCAGCGCGCCUGUGCCAUUAUAAGAUGGUUGCCGCUGCGGCGGGAGGAGGCACGGGUGGAAGCGCGGCCGCUGCCGCUGCGCAGUGGACGGCGCCACCAGCAGCGUACCAGCUGCCGCCGGUGCUCGCGCGACCACUGAGCCUUCAGGCAUCAGGCAAAUGGCAAACACUGCAAGGCGUGUGGGACGAUGAAGUAUGGGGUAUUAUCAUUUCCCAAGUGGCUACGGUGUGGCAGCUCACCUCCAGCGGGCCCUAUGUCCUGCCCACCGCGCAUCCGCCCGCCGGCAGCCGACCUGCCGGCCCGUGCGCUUCGCCUGCGGUCCCACGGGCGACCAACGCUGCGGCCAAAGCUGACGCACCGCAGCCGCCGCCGCCGCAGCCGCAGCAGCCGCAGCAGCCGCAGCAGCCGCAGGGACAGCCGUUGGUGCCGGCGGUGCAAGCCUACGACGCGCUGAUCGCCGUGUGGCCGGCAAUGCUCGAGGGCUCGCUUCCGAUGCAAAUCAUUAACCCGUUCGCCGGUGUGCUGACACGGCUGCUGAUGGAGCUGCGGCCGCGCCAGGCGGCGGCACGGCUGCCGGCGCUGUGGCGGGUGGUGGCGUGGGCGUUACCUCAAGUAGACGCGGACAACCUUCACGCGGCUGGCGAGCUGCUGCGGCUGCUGCUGGCUGGGCCGGAUGGCUCAUUGCUGUCGUGCACCGCCGGGCGCGCGGGAACGGCGUCGGCGGGGCAGGUGCCGGGAUCGGGCGGCCCCAGCUACAGCCUGCGCUGCGGCCUGGACGCGCGGCUACUGCCGGAGCUGGAGGAGCUGGUCCGCGACGAGACCGCGCUGCGCAAGCCGGAGGGCGAGGCGCGGAGCGCACCUACGGUGUUGUCGGCCGUCAACCUGACUCUCCGCUACUCCGGCGUGUGGCCGGCGCUGCUGGCGCACGCAUCACCGGCGGAGGCGGCGGGCCUGGUGGCGACGCUGGGCUCCGCCGCGCGCUUCUUCCUGACCCACAACACGCCGCGCAUGCGGCCGGUGGCGCUGGGCGGGGUGCUGGGCCGGACGCAGCUGUGGGGCGCAGGUGGGCCUUGCCUGGCACUGGGGUGCUACCUAGCCGCGAUGCUGGAGCAGUGCUUUGACGUUCGCGACCCGGACCGGUGGCGGCAGUUUCAGGAGCGGCUAGGCGGGCCGGCAGUGACACCUGAGGCGGCAGUGGAGCCGGGUGCGCCGCUGUGGUUCAACAACGCCAUGGAGCAUUGGGGACAGGACCCAAUGCAGUUGGGGUGGCUGGCGGCGGCGGGCGGCGCGCCGCCGGCGGGCUCGGCGGCGGCGGCGCAGCUCGACCUGCUGGCUAGCUUUGCGCUGCAGGACUGGCUGCCGCCGCUACUGCGGGUGGCGGUGGCGGCGCUGGAUCCAGAAUACGACGGCGUGUCGCUGGGCUCGGGGGAAGACGGCAAAGCGCCGUCCCGCCUCUCCACGCCAGAGCCCGACCUGCUGCUGCUGGCCACACAGCUGCUGACGCGGGUUGCUGUGCAGCAGGCGCCGCUGCUGCUGGCGCCACAACACGGCCCCGAGGGCGGCGCGGCGGCGGAGCAGGUCGGCACCGCGGUUGCUGAGGCGGCAGCGGCCGAGGUGGCGGCGGCGGGGGCUGCCGAGGUGGCGGCGGCAGGGGCGGGGUCUCCGGCGACGGCAGUCGCCGCUGCGCCGUUCAGUCGCGCCGCCGCCGAGUCCUGGGCGGGGUACCUGAGCUCGCUGUGUGGGGCCGACGGCACCGCAGCCCUUCUGAUCACCGGGCUGCUUGCGAAGCUAACCUUUGGUUACCGCUACAGCAGUUUUGAAAGUGACGAUGAACCCAGCGAUGACAGCGACAGCGGCAGCGACAGCAGCAACGAGGACUUACCCGUGGGUGGCAAGGCGCUGCGGCGCCCCACGCUGCAGCUGCUCGCAGCGCUGGCUUGCACCGCCCCGCAGCUGCUCGCGCACUGGCUCGUCGAGGCGCUGCAGUUAGCCAUACGCACAAGCGCGAAGUCCGGGGCUGCGGGGCCCGCGGGCAAGGCCCAGCAUGUGGGCCCCGCCGCGCAGGUGCGGCUAGAGGCGGUGCAGCCGCUACAGUGGGCGGCGAGGCGGCACGGCAUGCCCGAGCUCGCGGCAUUCUUGGGUGCGCUGGAGUUCGCGGUAGUGCAGCACGUGAUACCCCACUGGGCGCUGAUAGAGCGCGGCGGCCAGCCCGGGACGGACGGCAGGGUGGUGUGCACUGCUGCGGCGAAGGCGGCGACAGAGGCGAUGGCCCCGGCGGUGGAAGCGCUGGCAGCGGCGGUGCGCGGCAGUGCCUGGCUGCGGCGGCUGAGGGACGGACAGGCGUGGCUGCUGUCGCCGGCGGAGGUGCAAGCCGGGCUGAGGGCCGCGGGGGUUGAGCUGCCGGACACGCGCCUCGGGGUCCGCGGCAGAGGCAAUGUCAGCGGCGGUGGUGUCCAAGUUAGCCGGGAAGGCGGAAGCAGUGGCAGCGGCGGCGCGGCAGGCGGCAGCGAUAGCGGGAGCGGGAGCGACGGUGGUGAGAGGCCGCUGGUGCGGCUGUGUGCGCACCCGGGUUGCAGCGGACUGGACGGCCUGGGGGCUCUGCUUGCGCCCGGCCGCGGCAAGACCUGCUCCCGGUGUCGGCAGCUCACCUACUGCUGCAGCGCGUGUCAGCUGGCGCACUGGCGGGAGGGGCACGACGUGGCGUGUGCGGGGUUGGUGGCAGCGGCGGCGUCGGGCAAGCAGGGGACGAAGAGCAGGCGAAGCGCUGGCAAGCGGUAGGCAUGGCGCAUGCUUGCAUUGCACGAGCCGCCGCUGAUCAGGCGUACUACUUUUGUAUGAGAUGUGGAGAAUACAACAGGAUCAGGAUGUAUUUUCAAGUCAUGUAUGAGAUGUAGGGGUCUACAUGAUGUCUACACAGAGACGCUCUGUCUCUCGCUGUGGUUGGGGCCACGGCGUGAUUUGUAGGCGUGCGCAUAUGGCAGCUCAAGUCAGGCAGGUGACAUGUGCACACGAACGGUGUGCGCCGCGAAGCUGGCGCCAGCGUGUCGCCCAAAGGCCCAGCCAUUUUCGGAGGCGCGGGCUACGCAGGCGGUAACUAUGCUCGUGUGAUACGAUACGAUGUAUGUACUGUGGUAUUGGCAACCGUAUGGAUCGCCUGCGGAUACCGGCACUGACAGGAACUUGUUCGGGAGGCGGCAGUCAACGGGUUUGGGAGUGGUGGCAGGGCUGGAUGGAUUGGCCAGCGGAAGGCAGAGGGUUGUGGCCUUGUGGGCCACCCAGCAGAUGAGUUUGAGGCCAUGAAGUGCCGGUGGUAGCAGUUGUACGGAAAGCCAUUGAGAGGCUACCAGACUGUAGUGACACCCGGUUGUUGACGUGAGUUGGGUAUACCUGUACAACACUGGACGCAUGGCGGGGAUGUUGUCGAUGUAUGCAUCAUGAUUAUUGGGGGCUACUGGGUGCCAGCGCUAGGCACACAUCACGGCUGAAAGCUGUUAGUUGCGCGCGGCGGCAGCUGAAUAUGUUGGCUGGCCUAAACUUUCAAUUGGGAGGCCGUGGGUGAAGGACAUCGAACUGAGGACAAGGUAUGUGGUUCCCCUCGCAAGGGUUAAGUGGGCCGAGCCCACGCCACGUCUCCAGUGUGAGGCCGCAAGCGUCUGCCUCAUCUCCCGGACAUAG